GCCGAUUUUUUCCGACGCCACGUUGUGAAUCGCCGUUUUGCUUCCCUCCGAACAAGAGGUGCGGCGGAGCGCCACCAUUUUAACGCCCCCCUUCCGCGCGUCUGUUUGCCGCUGUCCGCGGCUCGGGCCAUGGGCGUCGAGGAGGCUGCCCGUGGCUUUCGCGGCAACAAGCUCGCGCUCGCCAGCAUCGGCUUCGCCGAAGCCCGCGGCGCCGGCGCGUUCAAGGACGACGGUCUGCUUGGAGUGCGGCUCCCCAAGCCCAAGGACGUCUACCUCGACUGGGACGUAGCAGUCAGGCUCAGCCCGCCGGACGUCGGCGCCGCCGUCAGGACUUUGCUGAGGCGUCGAGAAAUUGCAGAAUUCGUUAGCGGGGCAAUGGCUGGUGCUAUGACUAAAGCCGUUCUUGCUCCUCUAGAAACUAUCAGGACAAGAAUGGUUGUCGGUGUAGGGUCAAAACAGAUUUUCGGCAGUUUCAUGGAGAUCAUGGAACACAAUGGCUGGCAAGGACUUUGGGCAGGCAAUACAAUUAACAUAAUCCGCAUUAUUCCUACUCAAGCAAUUGAGCUCGGCACGUUCGAGUGCGUCAAACGGAGCAUGACGUCGGCACAAGAGAGGUGGAAAGAGGAUGGGUGCCCAAAGAUACAGCUCGGUGGUUUGACGAUCGAGCUACCUCUUCACCUACUAUCUCCAAUCGCCAUUGGAGGCGCGGCAGCUGGAAUAGUCAGCACUUUAGUGUGCCACCCCCUUGAGGUUCUCAAGGAUCGCCUGACUGUUAACCACGAGGCGUAUCCCAGUAGCAUCGCCCUUGCGUUCAACAAGAUCUACAGAACGGAAGGCGUCGGCGGUCUCUAUGCUGGCCUGUGCCCGACGCUGGUCGGCAUGCUCCCUUACAGCACAUGCUACUACUUCAUGUACGAGACGAUCAAGACGUCUUACUGCCGUGCACAUAAGAAGAAGUCGUUGAGCCGCCCCGAGCUGCUGGUCAUCGGAGCUCUUUCAGGUCUGACGGCGAGCACGAUCAGCUUCCCUCUGGAAGUGGCGAGGAAGCGGCUGAUGGUCGGAGCCCUGCGAGGGAGAUGCCCGCCCAACAUGGUCGCGGCCUUGGCCGAGGUGGUCAAGGAGGAGGGCCUCAAGGGGCUGUUCCGCGGGUGGGCGGCGAGCUCCCUCAAGGUCAUGCCCACGUCCGGCGUCACCUGGGUGUUCUACGAGGCAUGCAAGGACAUCCUUCUGGCUCCACACCUAGCCUAGCCGUUGCCUUGCCUGAGAUCAUUCAGCAGGGCAGUAGGCACUGGAACAGAAUGAAUUCAUUGUGAUGUGCUUGUGUGUGGAUUGUCAUCUUUUUGUCCCAUAUGGAAACACGUGGGAGCCGGCCAAGGGGGUCGGCGGUCGGGGUUGGUCCUCUCUGUGUGGUCAGGGGUCGGCGUGAGGGUGCGGAGGUAGGGUUGCUCCGGGCCAAAGCCGACGGUGCGGCAUCUGCGGAUGUCACUCUCCUCCUGGGGGCCGUCGUGGAGCUCUCCGACCUCCUCCGCUCUCGGGUCACUUUCUUCGGUGCAGGGCCAAUGGCGUGACACGUCAAUUCCCCUCCUAAGGGUGUCGUCUUGAAGAUUGUGAUUCCCUGCGUGCUUUCCCGGGGCUGGACUUGCACGGCAUCGCGGCAGGUGGCCGGUGAUGCGCCCAGAGGUGGAGCGGUGUUUCCUCCUCCGCAUCGAAGACGACAGAUCUCGGUGGCAUGGCGCAGUGGAGUCUCGGCGUUCGAUGCGUGUAGAUGGACUCGCGCAGGAGGUUGGAGCUAUUUGGCGUCGUGGUGACGUCGAUGGUAGGCCUCGCAAGGUCGAUGCGUCGGCAAAUGCUCUGAAGAUGGAUCGGUGGAAGACGGCGGCGGCAGCCUCUAAGAGUGCGCCGGACCGGUGUGUGCCCCAGACCCUGCAGUGGCUUGGUUGGGGCCUCUGGUUCUAGAUGUUAGGCUUGCUGCGAGGUCUGUUUGGUAUUAGGCUCGGACUAUCAGCACCCCUUCAACUGAUGUAUUACCUUGUAAAGUCUUCGUGAAUAAUUAAUAAAGUGGCUGCAUGCAUUGCAGAGGC